UUGAUAGGAGGGAUUGAUUCAAUGCCUGCGCUAUCUUCACACCUUGGUGAUUGGCUGCCGGUUGUCACGUGCAUCAGACAAGUUCGAGAGCAGAAUCUUGUCUACCAUAACAACUACCAAAAGUGCUGUAAUAUAUAUUGAGUCAAAAAGGAUUUUUCCCCAAACCGGGAUCAAAGUUUCAGUCAGUUAACAUGAAUUCGUUUCUAAGCUCAACGUCGCAUGGUAUAGAUCCAAAGUUUCCACCGAUUGAAGAGUAUUCGCAGUCGAACUAUAUACCAACCGGGCAACUUUACGGAAGUCAAUAUGCCCCCUUUUCUUCGCAGCAUUCAAACCAAUCGUGUAGUUAUUCUCCUUACACAACGAUGGCAACACCAUCUUAUGAACAGUGGUAUGCUGAUUGUAACUAUAAUCAGCUAAACUCAGGCCAAACAGGAUUCACAUUUAGUGGUACGGGCGUGGGAACGGCUACAGAAUGGAGCCAUAAGUCGCCCUUUCAACCUACAGUGCCGAGCGUCUCACAAUCAUGCGUUGAUACGGCGGCUACGUUUUUUAGGACGACAGCGCAAAAAGCAACCAAGUUAGUCGACAGUCAGCCCCGUCUUUACCCUUGGAUGAAGCGACUUCAUGUAAAUCCAGGAUUGAUGGCAGGCUUGGCGGGGAUCGAAGCCAAGCGUUCCCGGACCUCAUACACUCGUCAACAAAUUCUCGAACUGGAAAAAGAAUUUCACUUCAAUCGUUACCUUACCAGAAGACGUCGAAUUGAAAUAGCUCAGGCUCUUGGGCUCUCGGAAAGACAAAUCAAAAUUUGGUUUCAGAACAGGAGGAUGAAGUGGAAAAAGGACAACAAUUUACCGAACACUAAAAACACAAAAUCAGUUGCAGGAAGCACACGAACUGUUAAUUCGUCCAACAACCAAGAAACAACAACCGGUAUAGGCCUAAAAAUUGCAGAUGAUAAAAAAUAAAUUAGGCCUAUUAAA